GGAAAGUCUAGUCAUGAUGGUUUGUGUUUUCAUACUGUGUGUUUUGAGUGUAGUGUAGGUUUUUCUACUGCUGUUGUUUACUCAUCUGUCUGUCAGAAGUCUGAUCAUCUGUCAUGAGUGAUGUCGUGGAGAAAACUCUCACAGCUCUGCCGGGUUUAUUUGAUUCUCAAACCGGAGCCGCAAAAAUCACCAACAGACUGAAACAACUAGUCAAGAGCAUCACUGAACUGACAUCUAAACAUGAGGAGGAGAACCUCAUGAAACAGGAGCUGUCCUCCAUGAAGGAGCAGGUGGCCUCACCUAACACCACCAUGAAGCAGAUGAAGGAGAUCAUGGUGAGGGCCAUGUACUGUGAGAUGAUGGGUUAUGAAGCCUCCUUCACCUACAUUCAUGCCAUCAAACUGGCCCAGCAGGGCGGCGUACUGGAGAAGAGAGUGGGUUAUCUUGCCGUUUCUCUCUUCCUUAGCGAGAGCCAUGAAUUAUUGCUGCUGCUGGUAAACACAGUAUUAAAGGAUCUUCAGAGCACGAACCUCAUUGAAGUGUGCAUGGCGUUGACUGUAGUAGCUCAAAUUUUUCCCAAAGACAUGAUACCUGCUGUGCUUCCUUUAGUAGAGGACAAACUGUCACAUCCAAAAGAAAUCAUCCGGAGGAAAGCCGUCCUGGCGUUGUACAACUUCUACCUUAUUGCUCCGAAUCAAGUCCAGCACAUUCACGGCAAGUUCCGGAAGGCACUGUGUGACAAAGACCCCGGGGUUAUGACAUCAUCGUUACACAUCUACCUACAGCUAAUCAGGGAGAGUCCAGACGACUAUAAGGACCUGACCGGCAGUUUUGUGACCAUCCUGAAGCAGGUUGUGGGCGGGAAGCUCCCCAUAGAUUAUAAUUAUCAUAAUGUUCCGGCACCGUGGUUACAGAUUCAGCUGCUGAGAAUCUUGUCACUGCUUGGGAGAGAUGACCAGAGUGCCAGUGAGCUGAUGUACGACGUUCUAGACGAGUCUCUACGCAGAGCCGAAAUGAACCACAACAUCACUUACGCAAUUCUGUACGAGUGUGCGAAGACCAUCUACACAAUAAGCCCCAAAGCUGAGCUGUUAGAAAAAGCAGUGAAAUGCAUUGGAAGUUUUGUCCUUUCUCCGAAGAUCAACCUCAAAUAUCUGGGUUUAAAAGCUUUGACGUAUGUGGUCCAGCACGACACUAAACUGGCUCUUCAGCACCAGAUGACCAUUAUAGAAUGUCUGGACCACUCAGAUUUUACUAUUAAAAGAGAGACCCUGGAGCUGCUGUUCAGGAUCACAAACGCUCAGAACGUGACGGUGAUCGUUAAGAAGAUGCUGGACUUCCUGCGGGUCUGUAGCGAUGACCACACCAUCAUCCAUCUGGUGGGGAAAGUUGCAGAGCUAGCUGAAAAGUUUGCUCCAGAUAACUCAUGGUUCAUACAGACGAUGAAUGAUGUUUUUUCUAUUGGUGGAGAUCUUUUGCAACAGGAUGUUGUGAACAACUUCCUUCGACUGCUGGCCGAGGGAUCAGACUGUAAGGAGGAUGACGACCAGUUACGUCUGUAUGCGGUCGGCUCAUAUCUGAAUGUGCUGAAGGGAAACUGUUUUCACCUGCCUCAGCACUUUCUGCAGGUUAUGAGCUGGGUUCUCGGGGAAUAUUCUCACCUCCAGGAGUCUGUGGACCAGCGUGAGGUCAUCUGUCUCUUGACGAAACUGCUGGAUCAGAAAACCAUCAGUUCAGAGACACGGGUCUGGGUUCUGUUUGCUCUGACCAAGCUCUCUGAAGACCAGACGGAUUUGAUUCUGGAUCUGUUGGAGAGUCUUUCCUCCUCUCAGGACACUGUGCUUCGCCAGCAGGCCCAGGAGCUCCAUCACCUCAGUCAGGACUCACAGCUGCAUGAGUGGGUUCUGCCCCAUGGAGCACCCUGGGACAGCGUGGAGGUCGACUCCUCUCUGUCGUUUCUCGAUGGCUAUGUGUCCGAGGCUCUGGCUGCGGGUGCCGCACCGUACAAACCACCUCAUCAGAGACAGGAGGAGCUUUGUGAGGAGAGAGCACUGAGUCUGGAGCCGUACGGCUUCAAUCUGCCUGUGAGUUUAUCGUCGUGUAGCAUCACGGACAGACAGUCUCCCGCGCUCAGUUCAGAACUGUCGGGCAACAGUGCAGAGCUCUCGCAGAAGGCAGGCACAUUGAUUCUGGAGGGGGUGAAGAGAGUUUGGGGGAAGGAUGGUUACCUUCCACAUAAAGAAACAACAGGGGAAGGCGCUCAGGUGGAGGAUCCCGCUGCUGCACUUCAGACCUCCGGCCAGCAGGGGGCGGCAGAGAGAUUAGAACCACCUGACCAGUCACAGCAAAAAGAGGACAAACAGCAGCUGGCUUCUUCAUUGUUUGUUGGUUUGGGAGCCCAGAGCUCUACGUCUUUACUGGGAAAAUCCGAAGCCCCUCCCCCUCGCUUUCGAAGGAAGCCACGCCCUCACGCAUCAUCAUCAUCGUCGGGUGCCAGCGAGAGGUCUUCUGACUCCUCCCACUCCUCACGCAGCACGGCCGACAGCUUCCUUUACGGCAACCUUCUGGAGGAGGAGCCAACCACCAUCAAACCCAGCAGCGAUGUCACAAAACACAACCACAUCCGAGCCAACGGUCCGGAGCAAAACAAAGAUGCUGGUGUUGCCGUGGAAACAGACAGAGGGGUUAACACUUCUCACAUAUUGGGCAGUGAUAUGGUUCUGGUGCGUCCCAACACGAUACAGGAUAAAUAUCCCGCAGAUCUAACUGAACUCUUACCUGCUGACCUAAAAGAACUACCUCGCUCUGAUGUCAUCAGUCUGACCUCUGACCCCAGCCUGUCUCUCUCCUCCUGUCGCGUGUUCAGAGAUGAAUCGUUGCUGCUUGUCAUCUUUCUUUCUAACUGCACAGACACUGCGAUCACAGAUGUCGCUGUGCAGCUGACCUGUGAGGGGUUAGAGACGGUGAGUUUAAGAGGGAAUGUCAUUGAGUGUCUGGAAGGUGUGUCUGUGUGUCAUUACGCUCUGAUGAUGAAAGACCCUCAAACAAACGUGUCUUUUACUGGUACCGUCUCGUACCAAACACAAGCAGGAGAAACAAACUCGCUCCUGUUCUCCGGGACCCUGUGCACAGCUGACUUCAUCAGGCCCUUGGUUGUAACCACAGAGGAAUAUGGAAAGCUGUGGCUGUCGUUUUCUCAUGAUGUCAAGCAGAAUCUGAAACUGCUCACAGAUGCCGAGGACCCGCUCGGAGCGACCCUGAACGCUCUUAAAGAGACACUUCAACUUCACGUGGUGGAUGUUAUCGACUCCGAGGGAAUCCUAGCCUGUAGUCUGCUCAGUGGCGCCCCCUGUCUUCUGCACUGUAGAGUCAACGGUGCAGCUCUAGCCGUGUGGCUGCGCUCUCCUCUGCCUGCUCUCCCAGACUGCAUUCUGUACCACUGCCAGAAAACACUAGCAGAACACUGACACUUUAGCUGAAACCUCCAGAGAAAGAGCUACAGCCGCCUUUACAAUAUGGAACGUUUACAUGUGUCUUGUGACAAAUGAUUGAUCACGCAGUGACUGUAUGAAAGCGAUGCAUGCGUUUUAAGCCCGACUUAAUCAUUCUAUGAUAUUCUAUUUUUUUGUUCACACUUAUUGAGCUGCAAUGUGUCACACUUCCAU